AGUCACUGUCUCUUAGCCUACCUCACGGGGUUGUUGAGAGGACGAGCCGGAGAGUGAGAGGAAUUGGUAUAAAAAUGUAACCAAUAAAAGAAGCGUCUUUUAUGCUGUCGGGGGCGAAGAGGCUACCUCGCGCGCUUCCACGGGAGGCCGCUUCUCCUUUAAGAGGCUGGCGCUCGGCCGGCUCUGCCCAAGGCCGUCCCAAGUCCCCCCGGCCCAGGGCGUGUCUGUCCCCGGGGUGGCACCGGCCGCAGGGAGGGAGCGGAGCUGGCGGUGCUGGUCGUGCGCGGCGGCCGGCCAGGAGCGCGCGGAUCCAGCAAAGCGGAGAGGAAGCCCGGGCCCCCCAGGCCUACCCGGCGCCGGCUCCGGGAGGACCCCCUGGACGUCUCCAUCUUUGCGCCGCGCCUUGGCCGCGGAAGAUGCGCAUCCUCCUCCUUGGAGCUGCUGCUGGCGGCGGCGGCGGCGGCGGCGGCGCUCGUGUCCGGGGAGCGCGGUGAUUAGCCAGAUGGGGACCGGCCUGCCCGGCUGACGGAGCGGGGGGAAAGGAGGAGGAGGAAGAGGAAGAGGAGGAGGAGCGGGCGCUUUUGUUGCCGCUGCAGCCGCUGGAUCGUCGGCUGCGAGGAGAGGCUGCGCUGCCGGGCGGAGGGACCAGCUGGACGUUACCUCAAGCUAGACGCUGUCAUGGCCUGCCUCCAUGAGACCCGCACACCUUCUCCAUCCUUUGGCAGUUUCAACACCAUCUUGGCGGAGAGCUCCCUCCGCAAGCUGGACCCCGACGCCUCGGACUGCACCCCUGAGAAGGACCUGACGCCCACCCAGUGUGUGCUGAGAGAUGUGCUGCCCAUCGACGGGGGUGGAGGCGGGGGCAGUGGGCACAGCCCCAGUCCCAGCGAGGAGGCACACGACCAGUUUGCCAACAGCGUGUUGCAGCUCCACGAGAACGAAGCUGGCGGGGGAGGCGGGGCUGGCGCAGGGGCCUGCCCGGGGAACCCCGAGGUGCGGCCUACCCGUUACCACGCCGACCAAGUACGGAUCCACUGCCACACAGGGAGCGGCUUCCUGGAAGGCCUGUUUGGUUGCCUCAAGCCUGUCUGGACCAUGAUUGGCAAGGCGUAUUCCACUGAACACAAACAGCAACAGGAAGACCCCUGGGAGGUGCCCUUCGAAGAGAUCAUGGACCUGCAGUGGGUGGGCAGUGGGGCCCAAGGCGCUGUCUUCCUGGGACGCUUCCAUGGGGAGGAGGUGGCCGUCAAGAAGGUGAGAGACCUCAAGGAGACAGACAUCAAGCACCUGCGGAAACUGAAGCACCCCAACAUCAUCACCUUCAAGGGUGUUUGCACCCAGGCCCCCUGCUACUGCAUCAUCAUGGAGUUCUGUGCCCAGGGACAGCUGUAUGAAGUGCUGCGUGCCGGGCGCAAGGUCACCCCCUCGCUGCUGGUCGACUGGUCCAUGGGCAUUGCCGGUGGCAUGAAUUAUCUGCACCUGCAUAAGAUCAUCCACCGCGACCUCAAGUCACCCAACAUGUUGAUCACUUACGAUGAUGUGGUGAAGAUCUCUGACUUUGGCACCUCCAAAGAGCUCAGCGACAAGAGCACCAAGAUGUCCUUCGCCGGAACGGUGGCCUGGAUGGCCCCAGAAGUCAUUCGGAAUGAGCCUGUCUCUGAGAAGGUUGACAUCUGGUCCUUUGGAGUCGUCCUCUGGGAGUUGCUGACGGGAGAGAUCCCUUACAAGGAUGUGGACUCCUCCGCCAUCAUCUGGGGGGUGGGCAGCAACAGCCUCCACCUUCCUGUUCCCACCAGCUGCCCUGACGGUUUCAAGAUCCUGCUAAGACAGUGCUGGAACAGCAAACCUCGGAACCGACCCUCCUUCCGCCAGAUACUGCUCCACCUUGACAUCGCGUCCGCCGAUGUGCUGUCUACACCGCAAGAGACCUACUUCAAAUCCCAGGCUGAAUGGAGGGAGGAAGUGAAGCUACAUUUUGAAAAGAUCAAGUCAGAGGGGACAUGUCUGCACCGCUUGGAGGAGGAGCUGAUCCACCGGCGACGAGAAGAGCUCAGGCAUGCUUUGGACAUCCGGGAGCAUUACGAGCGCAAGCUGGAGCGAGCCAACAACCUGUACAUGGAGCUCAACUCCCUCAUGCUACAGCUGGAGCUGAAGGAGAAGGAACUGCUCAGGCGGGAGCAAGCCCUGGAGAAGAAGUACCCUGGGCUCUUUAAGCACCACCCUUCACGCAGCCUCCUGCAUGGCAACACCAUGGAAAAGCUAAUCAAGAAGAGGAACGUGCCUCAGAAACUCUCUCCGCACAGCAAAAGGCCUGACAUUCUGAAGACGGAGGUGAUCAUGGACCCCACCCUGCCCCAGCUGGCCAUCCCCGUGUGCCAGAAAGGGCCCCCGUCCCCCGGGCGCAGUCGCCGGGCAAAGUCCCGCUACCGCAAGGUCAGCACCCGAGGCAGCUGUGGGGAGCUGGCCGACCCGGGAGGAGCCAAGCGCCUAGAGCCCUGCGCAGCCCUCAGGGGGCUCCAGCACGACCUCCUGCUACGCAAGAUGUCGUCUUCCAGCCCCGACCUCAUCUCCACCACCCUGGGAGCCGAAGGCCGCAAGGGGGCGGCCGGCCCCGAAUCCCCGCCAGCCGAGCAGCCCUGCAGCGAGACGCCCAGCGAAGACACGGCCUCCGUCCCCUGCUCCAGCAGCCCCGAGUCACCCUCUUCGCGACAAGGCGCCGUGGGCCCCGCAGGGAAGGCCAGGCUGCAGCCGGGAGAGGAAGCCGAGCGGGAGCAGGGCAGGGGCAGCCGGGCAGCGGCCGCCCCGCAAUCCCAGCACCUCACGCCAGCGGCCAUGUUGUAUCGGGCAGCCGUCACCCGGAGUCAGAAGCGCGGGGUCUCCUCGGAGGAGGAGGAAGGCGAGGUAGACAGCGAAGUCGAGCUCCCUCUUCGGCAAAGGUGGCCUCAGGCGAUGAGCAAGCGGCAGUCGCUCUCCACUUUCAGCUCCGAGAACUUCUCCGAUGGGGACGGCGAGGAGGGCACUGCCAGCGAGGGCACCACAGCAUCCCACAGCGGCGGCACACCAGAUGUGGCCAGCACCAACACAGACGAGCGCCUGGAUGCCGAGCGCUCGGACGACGACAUCCUGGGGCACUCGGACGGGCUGUCCGAAAAGGAGGCGGCCAUCCAGCUUGUCAAACGCCAGCUCAGUGCCGAACAGAACCCUGGAGAGGAUGCUGCUGCCUACGAGGAUUCGGACUGCGACAGUGCCGAACUGGACCAUUCAGGCAGCGGGGAGAUGCAGAGACUCCAGGACAUGCCCAGUUUGUGAUUGCACCCGUUUGGCUUUUCCUCCCCCAGGUUGUACAGACCCCUGGCCCUUCCCUGCACCACGACCACCUCCCCAGAUAUUUAUAUAAAUAAUCUAUAAAAGCUCUAUAUAAAUCUAUAUAUCUCAUAAUCUCUGGAAGGAGAGCCAGUGCGCCUCAUCCCUCCGUCCCGUCCCUGCCUUCUUCUGGACUGGUUGUGGGGUCGAGGGCCCCUUCUCUGCCACCGGGGCUUGCAGUUUUCACUUGGGGCAGCUGGAGACGUGGAACAAACGGACACGCAAACCCUGCAGCCGUCGGCUCUGCAACUAAGCAGGGGAGGCUUUCGAUACACACAGAAAGAAGUCGAUCCCUUCUGUUCUGCUGCCUCAAGAGUCCUGGACAUUGUGGGCCCCAGCAGAGGACCAACGAGCUCUAACCAGGCCCAGGGAGUCAGCGAUGGGUCCGUGGGGCAGAGAGAGAAGACCCGGGCUGGGGAAUGGUGCGUUCUUCUACCAAAUGAAGCGGCAAGGAGCUCUCGGCGCACUGGCAAGGCUCAAACAUCUUAGCUGGACCAGGCACAUUCCAGGUGCCAGACUGUUUCUGAUCUGGACUCAAUGCAUGUUUGGGCCGCAGUCAGCACGGAAACCUCCCCCUACCCAGAGCUUGGGAAUAAGUUGUUUUCCUUCCCCUUGCCCCCAAUAUAGCCCUCCCCAAAAGUAACAACCAAAGCCUGAGCGCAACAAGCCCUCUUCUCUUCCAACAGUCCUUCCUUCCUCCCUCCCUCCCUCCCAUACUGUAUAUAUGUGUACACACACACACGGAAACACACACACAGACACACACACACACACUCUUGAUGUGGCCCAUUCCAAUGGUGGAAUGGGGAGAAAAACCUGCUCCAUUUCUCCCCUGCUGGCACCAACAUGCACUGCACUUUUCAAGUAAUUUAUUUAUUUUUUAAUUUAUAACGAGAAAUGUUUACAUUUGCACUUAACACGUGUCUCUGUCAGAUGGGUCUGUGUAACGGGGGGGGAGCGGGGAGGGAAGCGAGAGAUAGAGAGAUCGUGCGCACGGACGGACAAGGCAGGAAUUGGGAUUUCUGAUCCCAACGCUCGAUUCUGGCGAAAGCCUUUUAACGCUUAAAAAGGGGGGAAGGGGAGUCUGUUGAGCGUACCCCGGCGAGGAAGAAUCCCCUUUCCUCUUGGUUUCUCAGGUGAAGGUCCUGGUUUGGAGAAAUAUGUCCCUCUCCUUUAAUGUUUGUCGUUUAUUUGUGUUUGGUUAAAAACACCAAGGGUGUGAGAGCUUAGAGCAGGGGUGGACGCGAAAGGGUUUUUUUAAAAAGAGGGGGGGAACCCGCUCCUGGUGCAAAAAGAUAAACUAAGGCAGGGUUUCUCAGCCACAGAUUUUGGGACCAGCACAUUUUCCCGCACCCUCUGCCAUUUUGUCAAAGCAGCCUGGGCGGCGGAGGUGGGGGACAACUAAGCUGAGACUACUGGGAAAGAGACGAGUUCCUGAAACGAAACAGAGCUGGCUAAAAAAUGUCUUCCUCUGCUCACUAGCACGAUGAGCUGUGGCUUUUGUGACACACCCUGCCCAGCUUAUUUGCAUAUGGGGGGGGUCCCCCUCCAGUGUGCAUUUUGCCUCCUGCCAGAUCCUUGCUCACAGUCCUUACCAGAACAGCAGCGAAACAGAUAACAGUGCACCUGAAUGCUUGCAAAAUACACCUGGCUUGAUUUGUGAUAUGUUAACAGGGGGUGUCCCUGCCUGGCCAUCUGAUUUCCUUCAGGGGGGAGGCUGGCUGGCUGUGGUUCGCUUGCUCCCAUCGUCGAAAGCCCUCCCCAGACGCGAGCUGCAGAAUGCAAACCAAGUCCGGCAUUUUAACCGCAAUGCAUGCUCCAGUUGAAAAGACCUGCCCGUUUUGACAGCAGCACUGCCCUGGUGCUAAUUCCCUUUCUGCCCACAAGGGGGCAGGGGUUGCCUGCCCCCCCUUGCUUGGUUUUAUUGCCACAGCUGCUUUUUUUCCUAUUUAAGGGGGAAUGCAGCAGCUUUUGGUGGGGAGAAUUCAGUGCAACCAGGAGUAGGCUUUGCAUGAUGCUGCACAAGCCUAACACAGCAGCCUGUGGCAAAACACAACCUGAGCACGCUAGAGGUGAGGUGCUGCCACUGAUGGUGCUAAAUCAGAUGGACUAGGGACGUGAGAUGUCGUAAGGCAGCAUACAGCCUCCAGAAGCCCCUGCCUUAUACCUGCUGCUCCACCUUCUGUGGUGCUAAGAGUGGCAUGCUGGGAAAUUUCUUUCCAUUGCCCACUAAUCCAAGGCCCCCAUGCGCCACUGCUACACCAGCUUUGCUUUAGGGAUCUGAUCUGCUACAGUGCAAACAAAGGCAGCCCACUCUUCAGCUAGGCUCACGUGGACAGUCUCCUUCAGCUCUAAUUCAGCAGGUUAAUUCUGUGUCCAGGGCAGCUGUCUACCAGCUCCACCUGGUACGCAGGCUAAGACCCUUCCUGCCCGCAGACUGUCUUGCCAGAGUG